AUGGGUAAAAUUAAAAAGAAGGGCGUGGCCGGAAAUGCCAGAAACUUCAUCACCAGGACACAGGCUGUUCGCAAGCUCCAAAUAUCCUUACCAGAUUUUAGAAGACUUUGUAUCUUCAAGGGAAUCUACCCACGAGAGCCUCGUAACAAGAAGAAAGCCAACAAGGGUUCUACCGCCCCAGUAACCUUUUACUACACCAAGGACAUUCAAUACCUCCUCCACGAGCCUGUCCUCCAAAAAUUCCGCGAGCACAAGACCUUCAGCAAAAAACUGACCAAAGCCCUCGGCCGUGGCAACUUCUCCGAUGCCAAACGUCUCGAAGAUCUUCACAAGCCCCGUAUAAAACUCGAUCACAUCAUCAAAGAGCGCUACCCAGCCUUUACGGACGCAAUCCGUGAUCUUGACGAUGCGCUUUCCACCGUCUUCCUCUUCGCCAAUCUCCCAUCGAACAGAGAUAUCCCAUCAAAGACAAUAGAAACCUGCGCCAAACUAGCGAAUGAAUUCCAGCACUAUAUUAUCCGGAAACAUGCGUUGAAAAAGUCGUUUUUAUCGAUCAAGGGUAUUUAUUACCAGGCUAGUAUUCAAGGACAGGAUGUACUUUGGCUUGUUCCUUAUAAAUUCGCACAAAGCGUACCGCGAGAUGUGGAUUUUAGGAUCAUGCUUACGUUCUUGGACUUUUAUACGACUUUGUUGGGGUUUGUGCUGUUUAGGUUGUAUACCUUGGAAGGAUUGGUGUAUCCACCAAAGUUUGAUAAGAAGAUGGAUGAAAUGGGCGCUGGUUUGAGGGCGUUUAGCUUGGAGAGUAAGAAGGUUGGGGAGUUGGAGAACGGAACCAAUGGGGAUCUUGUGGUUAGGAAGGAUGUGAGUAAGCAGUUGGAAACCUUGGGAGAUAAAAUCAAGGAAAUCGAAGAGAAGGGCGAAGAACAAGAUGAAGAGAACGCUGUCGUUCCAGCAACCGAAGAAGGGGAGAAGAUCAAUGAGGGACUUGAUAAGUUCACAGCCAUACCUUCCAAGGAUGGUGCUACGACCGAUGUCUUAGAGCAGCCUACGGAAGAUCUUGGAGGAGAAGGGAAGACCUCCAACAUGUUCUCGGAAUGGACGGUAUACCUGUCCCGUGAAGCACCGAGAGAACCGCUGGAAUUCUUGUUGAGAUCUUUCGGGUGUAAGAGAAUCGGUUGGGACGCAGUGCUUGGUGAAGGAUCCUUCACGAAAGACGACCGAGACCCAAGUAUCACACUUCAAGUUGUCGACCGACCUCCCCAGGUUGGAUUGCCGCCUAUGCCCGCCGGAACCGAAGCAGAAGAAGGUGUGAACGCCGGAAGGGGCAAGGUUUUGGGCCGGUUGUAUGUGCAACCUCAGUAUAUCUGGGAUUGUGUGAAUGCCGGAAGGGUCUUAAGACCUGAUUCGUAUGCACAGGGUGCAGAAUUGCCACCACAUCUGAGUCCAUGGGUCAAGGUGAACGAAGGAGAGUACGAUCCUACAGUGCCAGUGGAAGACGAUGGUGAAAGUGAAGAAGAAGAGGAAGAAGAGGAGGAAGAUGUCAAGAUGCUGGAAGAAGGUGAGAAGAAUGGCGUUGAGGCCGAGGGCAGUGAAGGUGAAGAGUGGGGCGGUAUGAACACUGAGCUUGCCGGUGAGGGCGAGGAUGAUAGUGAAGAGGAAGAAGAAGACGACGACGAGGAGAAUGGUGGAGUAGCACUACAAGAAUCUGAUGCAGAGUCCGAAGACGACGAAGUGUCAAAACAACUACAACAUCAACGCGAAUUGGAGGCCGAAGCCAAGGGGGUCGCUUACAAGGAAGACAAGAAGUCUAAGAAAUCAGAGGCUAAGAAGAAGCUAGACAAGGAAAAGAAACAACGAGAGGGUGAAGUAGAGAGACAAAAGAUGAUGAUGACAAAGAAGAAGAGAAAGUUGUAUGAAAGAAUGGAAUACGGAAACAAGAAAAAGCAGGACGAGAAGGAGAGGCUAGAGGGUAAGAGGAGAAAGAUCGAGCGGGAAAAGAAGAAGGCAAAGGAUUAA